AUGUCAUCAUCUGAAUUUGAAGCAUUUUUAGCUGCUCUUGGUACUAUAAGUUACGAUCCCGUUAAAGCUGAAGUUGAAGCUGACGUUGAAGUUGGAGUGGAACCUGAAACUGUACCUGCAUCCCAAUCUGCAUCCCAAUCUCAGUCUCAACCUCAAUCCCAAUCUCAGUCUCAACCUCAAUCCCAAUCUGCAGCCCAAUCUCAGUCUCAACCUCAAUCCCAAUCUGCAUCCCAAUCUCAGUCUCAACCUCAAUCCCAAUCUGCAUCCCAAUCUCAGUCUCAACCUCAAUCCCAAUCUGCAGCCCAAUCUCAGUCUCAACCUCAAUCCCAAUCUGCAGCCCAAUCUCAGUCUCAACCUCAAUCCCAACCAUCCCAGAGGCAGACCGACUUGAAAAGAAAACUAAGCUCUUCCGAUUCAAACCAAGAACCGGAAGGAGGUAGUGGUGCCAAAAAAGCUAGAAUCACUGAAGCCAGCAAAACUCUGGCAUUCACUGAGCCUAUAUUUGAUAAGCCACCGCCUCAAAGGAUUGGUUUCUUAGACAUGCAAAGAUUGGAGUACGCCACGAAAGCCGUGCAAAAGGGUAUUCAGCUUAUCCUCACCCAGGCCCCCACUUAUAACGAAUUGGCCUACUUGCUCAACUCGCCAGAGUUGGACAGCGGCACGCGUAGUGAGUUGCAACAGGGAGACUUGAUUUCUCUAGCGUCAAAACUAAAGUCGAAAUACAAGCUAGGCAAAUUGCCCGUCUUGGAUGAUAUUCUCAACGGCGUCAUUGUGCUAACAAAGGAAGAAUUAGAAGCAUCGGCGCGAUCCGAGCCCAAAAUCGCUGCUCAGAAUGUCCAACUCAAUCUACCUUUUAAUAAUGCAGUUAAUGAGAUCUCGCCCAAUGGGGUAAAGAAUGAUUUACCGCCAUUGCCAGUCAUCAAUGACACAACUUUAUACGAAAAGGUGUUUGUCCACAAGUCCACUGUCAACAACAAGACCUACUUGGGCUCGGAGGCCUUGAUUCACAAGCAUAAUGAACGAUUGGAGUUUUUCGGUGACUCGAUCUUCAACAAUUUGAUCACGCUCAUCAUUUAUGAGAAAUUCCCCAAUUGCUCCGAGGGCGACUUAUCCAAGAUUCGAGCUGCGUUGGUCAAUAACCGAGUCUUGAAACAGAUUGCCAUCGACUACGGGUUUGAUAAAAAAUUGAGGACGAGAAUCCCCGAGGGGACUUUAUCUAACGGGGAGCAGAAGAUCUAUGCCGAUGUCUUUGAAGCAUACGUGGGUGCAUUGGGGAUCGAGAGGAAAUUUGACUUGCAAGAAGUCAAGGAUUGGUUAGAGAACUUGUACGAGAAUAGAAUUAUAGAGUUGCAGCUGGAGUUCAUCAAGGACCCCUUGGAUAGAGACGCCAAGACCGAGUUGUAUUCCAAGAUUGGCACUGCGGACGUUCACCCCAACUACAAGGUGGUCACCGUGGGAGAUGGUGUCCACGUGGAGUACGUGGUUGAGUGUACCAUCAAGGGCGAGUUCUUGGGGCGCGGCUCGGCGGCCGGCGCGAAAGAAGCAAGUCUCCGAGCAGCCAUGGCUGCAUUGGACAACACUGCCGUUUUGGAAAAAUACUAUUUGGAGCGCAAAAAGGUGGAAAAGCCAAUCAAGAUUGCGCGAAGGGAACGAAACGAAGUCAAGAACAAGGAGAAAUUGAAAAAGUUGCAGGAGACAAAGGACAAUGGUGAAAGCAAGUCCGAUCCUGACUUUAAACCGGCGUCGCCCAUCCGCACCUCGAUGUUCCCCGUGCCCGUCAACUACGACGACGAAGUCGACUGGGACGCAAAGAACCAAUUGUACGCCUUGAUUGGCAAGGAAACCGCCACCAGGCCCGAGUACGUCAUUGCCGCGACGGACAACAAUAAGCACACGGUUCACUUGAGAAUCAGAAACUUGAACGUUGCCACGGCGUCAGAUACUUCAAAGAAGAAAGCAAUGUCGAGGUGUGCCAGUGCUGUUUGGAAGAACAAAGAUGCAUUGAGGGAGUUGUGCAAGCGGUUUGAGCCUAAAGAUCUGGAGGGCAGUUAA